CACUCACCUCUACCUAGAAUAUCAUCAGAAUAUACAAGCCAAAUGGUUAACACAACUGAUUCAAUGUCCUCUUCACCCUGCCUCGUCAAAAUAGGCACCCACUCUUUAGCCCUCUACACCCACGGCCCAGAACCCAACAGCACAGCCGACCCCGUCAUCCUCUUCAUCCCAGGCCUAGCAAGCGACGCCUUAGUCUGGCAAGCCGUGGUGCGCCUUCUAAACCCUUCACUACGAAGCUACACCUACGACCGCUCAGGGUACAACAACUCUGAGGCCUCGCCUCUUGCCCCGUCAGCCGAGAAUAUCGCUCUAGAGCUGUCUCUCUUAAUUGAAAAGGCGCCUAUACCUAACCCUCUGAUCAUUGUUGCGCACUCCUGGGCAGGUAUUCUCUCGCACGAGUAUAUCGCCUUAAAAGGAACCGACCAGAUCGCGGGGCUAGUUCUUGUCGACGCUAACCACGAGACAACUCCGCUGGUGAUAGACAUCGCCGAUCCGGUUCUCUGGACUGUUGCGGCUGGUGUGGAACCGUAUUCUGCUAAGGGUAUUGAGGCAGAACAUAAGUUGACCAAGGAUGAGUGGAGGGCGUUUAGAACUGCCGAGUCAAGCGAGAAGUUCAGGCUUAUUGCAGAACGAGAGAGUUCGGGGUAUUACAAACCUAGUUUCGAGACGCUGCGGGCGAAGGAGUUGAGUAAGAGACAGCCACUACUGGGCAAUAAGCCAGUUUAUGUGAUUGGGGGUACGAGAAGUAGGGAUUGGGGUGGGUUGUAUAGGGCUGGGGUAGCGAGGGGGAAUGGGACGGAGGAGGAAAGGCGAUAUGUGAGGGACUUGAUUGCGAAGGUUGAUGAGAAGGGGAAGGGAUUAAUGAAGGAGUUUUUGAAGCUGUCUACGAGGAGUGAGCUUGUCUUUGCUACGCAAAGUGGGCAUUUUGUUCAGUUGACGCAGCCGGAUGUUAUUGUUGAUGGAGUGGAUUGGGUCUUGCGUAACCUAGGCUCUUAGUUGCCUAGAUCGGAAUAAUUGUAGUAAUUCUGAAUACGUUUAAUGUUUGCCCUUCUUAUAUGUUGCUGGAUAUUGAGUACCGGAGUAUCUUGUGAAAGCUGCAGAGAUGAAUUGGUUGAUGACGGGGAAUAUUGUCCGGUGGAAGAGAACACAAACGCUUACCGGAGCAAUGUGGGUGUUAUUAUUGUUUAACCCUAGGAAACUGCCGGGCAUCUUCUCUGAUCAUUUCAAGA